CUUCAUGAUACUCUGCGAUCGGGUCCGGUGAGAGCAAAUGAUAGAGAGAGAGAAAGAGACUUGCAGAGCGAAGGCGAGGGAUCGAAAAAUGGAGACGCACAAGAAGAAGAACUAGUUCAUGGAGGAUUGAAAACUUGGAUUACAACUUCCAUUUGACUCGACUCAUCAUCGUCUUUAAGGGCAUCGUUCUGGAAAUUGGCUUUUCAACAACCGAAGUUGGAACAACAGAACAGCAGAAUUGCUUUAAUUUCGAACUCCGAUCGAAAAGGCUGAUUAGGUCACUUAUAAAAGGUACAUUUCUAAAUUGAAUGAUGACAUCUAUGAUAAAUCAACCUAUUAUCACCUCAAUUAAUGGACAUAAAAUUUGGGAAGAUCCAUCAAUUAUUAAGUGGAGGAAAAGAGAUGCACAUGUUCCUUUUCGCUGUCAUGAUACAGUUGAAGGAUCUCUUAGAUACUGGUAUGAACGUAACAAAGUAGAUGUUCUUGUUUCGAAAUCGGCUGUUUGGGAUGAUGAUGCUGUUUCCGCAGCUCUUGAAUCUGCUGCUUCCUGCGCUAAGGGAUCGCCUUUUAUUAAGUCAUUGAGUGGCUAUUGGAAGUUUUGGUUGGCUCCAAAUCCGACUAGCACGCCUUUGAAUUUUUGGGAAAGUAAUCAUCCAGAUUCUUCUUGGUCUGAUUUGCCUGUCCCUUCCAAUUGGCAAUUACAUGGAUUUGAUCGACCUAUUUACACUAAUGUAGUGUAUCCAUUUCCACUUGAUCCACCACAUGUUCCAGAUGAAAACCCUACUGGUUGCUACAGAACUUAUUUUCACUUACCUGCAGAAUGGGAAGGCCGAAGAAUACUGUUACACUUUGAAGCAGUUGAUUCAGCCUUCCAUGCUUGGAUAAACGGAGUUCCAGUUGGAUAUAGUCAAGAUAGUAGAUUACCUGCUGAAUUCGAAAUCACGAACUUCUGUCAUCCAUUUGGUUCUGAUAAGAAAAACGUUCUUGCUGUUCAAGUUUUCAGGUGGAGCGAUGGCUCCUACCUCGAGGAUCAAGAUCAUUGGUGGUUAUCUGGCAUUCAUCGCGAUGUCCUCCUCUUAUCCAAACCAAAGGUUUUCAUUGCGGAUUAUUUCUUCACAUCAAACUUGGAAAAGGACUUCUCAGCUGUUGAUUUGCAGGUUGAAGUUAAAUUCGAUUCACAGGAAAAUUUUGUUGAAAAUAAUUUAAGUAUUGAAGCCAUGAUCUAUGACAUUGAUAAUGGAAAGUUUGAUCAAAACAUCGAUCUUCUUUCUUAUCGUGUUGCUUGUUUGAGUGUUGGUUCGGAUUCUGGUACUAGCCUUGGCUUCCAUGGAAACCUUCUUGCUGGAAAACUACAACAGCCGAAGAUCUGGUCUUCUGAACAGCCAAAUCUAUACACUCUUGUUCUUCUCCUGAAAGAUAAGUCUGGAAAAAUAGUUGAUUGUGAAUCGUGCCAAGUUGGUAUAAGGAAGGUAACGACAGCUCCAAAGCAGCUCCUUGUUAAUGGGCAUCCAAUAACAAUAAGAGGAGUGAAUCGACACGAACAUCAUCCACGAAUUGGUAAGACUAACAUAGAAUCCUGCAUGGUUCGGGAUUUAGUUUUAAUGAAACAAAACAACUUAAACGCUGUUAGAAACAGCCAUUACCCACAACACCCCAGAUGGUAUGAGCUUUGUGAUCUUUUCGGUAUUUACAUGAUAGACGAGGCAAACAUCGAGACACAUGGUUUCGAUCUCUCUUCAAAAGUGAAGCAUCCGACGAAAGAACCGGUUUGGGCGGGUUCGAUGUUGGAUCGGGUUAUAGGAAUGGUCGAGAGAGAUAAGAACCAUGCUUGUAUUAUUUGUUGGUCUUUAGGAAACGAGGCUAGUUAUGGGCCGAAUCACUCCGCUCUUGCGGGUUGGAUCCGUUUGAGAGACCCAACCCGUGUUCUACACUACGAAGGUGGCGGGUCGAGAACAAGUUCGACUGAUAUCGUUUGCCCGAUGUAUAUGAGGAUUUGGGAUAUAGUGAAGAUCGCUAAUGAUCCAAAUGAGACGCGGCCUCUUAUACUAUGCGAGUAUUCACAUUCAAUGGGUAAUAGUAAUGGGAAUCUUAACGAUUAUUGGGAAGCCAUUGAUAAUACGUUUGGUCUACAAGGAGGAUUCAUUUGGGAAUGGGUUGAUCAAGCUUUAUUAAAGGCGGGUGAAGGUGGUUUAAAGCAUUGGGCUUAUGGUGGCGAUUUUGGCGAUGAACCGAACGAUUUGAAUUUCUGCUUGAACGGUCUUACUUGGCCUGACCGAACUCCUCAUCCCGCAAUGCACGAGGUUAAACACGUUUAUCAGCCCAUCAAGGUUGGGUUCAAGAACGGGAUCAUAAAGAUAGCCAACACCAAUUUCUACGAAACGACGAAAUCGUUAGAGUUUAGUUGGAUGUUUUUCGGGGAUGGUUUGGAAUUAGGAAAUGGGAUCCUUCCUCUCCCGAUAAUUGAACCCCAAAACAUUUUUGAAAUGAAGUGGGAAUCCGGUCCUUGGUAUUCUCUAUGGAAUUCAUCGUCGUCAGGUGAAAAUUUCCUGACAAUAACUGUGAAGCUUUUGAAUUCGACCCGAUGGGUGGAAUCAGGCCAUGUUAUAUCGUCUUCUCAAAUCGAGUUGCCUACGAGAAGAGAAAGCAUUCACGUCAUCAAAACAACCGAAACUAAUAAUGCGUCCAUCCAAAGCGAGAAAAACGGGGAUUGUAUCGUGAUCAGACAAAACAACUCGUCAGAGAUAGAGUUCAACACUCGGACAGGCUAUAUAGAGAAUUGGAAGGUUAACGGCGUUUCAGUGAUGAAAAAGGGCGUAUUUCCGAGUAUUUGGCGUGCGCCGACUGAUAACGAUAAAGGAGGUGGGGAAAGCAGUUAUUUCUCGUUAUGGAAAGCUGCUAAAUUGGACAGUCUAUCUUUCGAGACGAAGAGUUGUUCUAUCGAUAAUGCGACCGAUGCUACAAGAGUUAAAGUCGACGUUGUUUUACUCGUUAAGGAUACUUCCAAUUCUGUUUUAGUUGAGGUUGAGAUGGUUUACAAUAUUUACAGUUCUGGAGAUGUGAUUUUGGAAUGUAAAUUGAAGACAAAAUCUGGACUUCCACCACUUCCGCGAAUCGGAGUUGAAUUUCAUCUGGAGAAAUCGAUGGACGAGAUUAAGUGGUAUGGAAGAGGGCCGUUUGAAUGCUAUCCGGAUAGAAAAGCAGCUGCUCAUGUGGGAUUGUAUGAGAAAAAGGUAAGUGAGAUGCAUGUUCCUUACAUUGUUCCUGGAGAAAGCGGUGGAAGGGCCGAUGUUAGAUGGGUAACGUUUCAAAAUAAAGAUGGGUUAGGAUUAUAUGCUUCAAUCUAUGGUGGAAGUUCUUCACUUUUGCAAAUGAAUGCAAGUUAUUACACCACUGAGGAGCUUCAUAGGGCGACUCAUGAGGAAGAGUUAGUUAAAGGAGAUGAUAUUGAGGUACAUCUGGAUUAUAAACACAUGGGUGUGGGUGGAGAUGACAGCUGGACUCCAUGUGUACAUGACAAGUAUUUAAUUCAUGCUGAUGUGGCAGAGGAUGCGGGCUACUCAUUCUCCAUUAGACUUUCUCCCAUCACCACCACCAUAACCAACAGCAUCUCAGGUUCUUCCAUCUACCAAUCUCAGCUUUAAGAUGAAUUUCUUCUUCUUAUUUCAUGUUUUCAUAAACUGAAUGUUGGAGAUCUGCAUGGAUUGAUGUUUUAAUUUAAAAUAAAUGCUUUGAUCCCAAAAUUUAUCCUCAUUUUAGUAUUUUUUUUCUUUUUUAUUGGUGUGUUCCAACUGUAAAUAUA